GUUUGACAGCUGAAAAAGAUUUUCGCCUUCGGUCGGAAUUGGUCGAACUUUUCUAGAAUCUUUAUAUCAAACGGCAUCCUGCGGCAGGGAUCGCGAUAAAAUUUGUUUCUUUUGUAAUCCAUCCUCUUUCUGUCCGAUAUCUUCAAGGAGUCUUUGCGAGUGUUAUAGCAUUAGGUGGACAUUUCCUACUUAAAUGCUUCAUUUUCUUCGAUCGUCUUCCGUUUCGAUUCUCUAGUCUCCUUGUCCAAUCAUACAGAGGCCGUUUCAUACACCAAGCAUAAUCCUUUUGACGCUGGUAAAAACUUGAAAAACAUUCCACAAUUCGACCGCCUGCUCCGGUACACGAUCCAAAAAUCAUCAGGUGACGGCACUUGGUAGGCUAAAAGGUGACCUACGUGACUUUUCGCAAAAACAACCGGAUCCUUGCACCGCCCCCGGAGUCCUCCGCUGGUACACCGCACUGUCCAAUCUGCUAUCGCUGCAUCAAGCACUCAUUAAAUCGGUGUGCCAAACAAAACAAAUCCUGCGCUGCAAACAAAAUUAAAUUGAUUUAAAGAAGAAAAUUGUGUGUGCCUAAUUACCUGAAACGGCAUUACCCCUUGUCAAUUCCUACUCAAAGCAAAAAGGCUCUUGUAGGUGUGAGAGUGUUUUUCGUUUCGUCCCGGGUUCUUUAAAAAUCGUCAAAAUUUGCGUCGUAAAGAUGGACCUUUUAAAAAAAUUCAUGGGCCUAGACGGCAGAAAGGACGACGACGACGACAAUCGGAAGAAAAAAACGACACUCAAGGACGAGUUUCGCAAGCCGAUCUGGGUUGAAGAGGACGACAGCGACGACGAGCUGUUCGAUAAUCAGAAAAUCUACGGUGUGCAAAUUUUCACCAAUCCGCUCGAGAUGCAAAAACACUUCGAGCAUCAGCUGCAGGAGAUGUGGAAAUCCCUUGAGGAAUACGACGAAAAUGCGAAAAUGUUCGACCAUGACUUGAAGCAAGACUUUUUGAAACCCGGCUUCGAGGAAGCAGUUCGUGAUAUUGGAAAGCAGAUAAAACCGCAGGAUACUGAUCUGGAUGGAGAAAUUUAUCCCGAUCAGCUGCAUACGCUGCUGCAGCGCAUAUCGCCGGAACUGAAAGAGCUGAUUCCGAAAAAGCGCAACGACAUCGGGGCAUCGGAGAUCGAUUCUUCCGACACUGGGCGUCGUAAGCUUACCGACGACGAAAAGGUCAUGAAUUUGAUUCACGGUAUCAAGGAACAUCGUCAGCCGUCGGCUGGCCCAGUUUCCAAACCAAAACGCGGUGGAUUGCAGCAACGUUUCCACGAGGGAGGGAUCUUCGAGGGUGCAUUCCAAGGGCCGCGAAUGUUUGGUCAGAGUAUUAUUUCGCAAACGAUUCGGCGCCCGGAUGGGUCAUACGAAACACGUCGCACCGUGCGCGACUCGGAGGGAAACAGCAAAACAACUGUCACUCUCGCCACUAAGGACGGCCGCAAGGAAACGGUCACCACGUACGAUGAUGGUAGGGCGGUCGAAGGAGAGGGCGGUCUUCCACCGGCUCGUCCUUACCUGGGUAUGAAAAAAGGUAUACAUGCGGAGGGAUCUACCGGUGCUCUGCUGGCACUGGACAGCAAGUUCAUGCUCAACAACAAUGGCUACGUGCUCCCGAAGAACCUCUGGUGACUUCACGCAUUGCAAACCGACCGUAACGAUGAUGAUGCGUUAGCAGGCGCUGAUCGAAGGUUCCUUCGCAACCACGAUCGUCGUCGGUAUCGUCGAUGUCGUUGUUGUGCUCGGAACGUCAGCGAAAGUCUGAGCCAAUCUAGCAGGCUCGUUUCCAGCAGCAGACAACACAUUUAUCCCAAUUCUGUGUGUAGUAGAAAGUGCAACCAUAUUAGCCGUUGCCAUAGUAAUAGGAAUAGUAGAUGUAGCCAACUCAGCUAUAGUAGCGUUAGUGGCAUUACUUUAAAAGCCACCCACACUUAUCACUACAGUAUCCAGUACUGCAGUAGCCACCGAUGUUGCACCGAUCUCUCUUUGAUCCUCCCGAUCCCGCUUUUUCCAUCGGUCGCUGGAACCGUACCAAACUUCCCUCUCUCGCCCUGCCGGUAUCGGUUUCAUCUGGAGCUGCUUUCUUACAUCAACGUUACUUCAGUUGGUAUAAGUUAUUUAAUUUAUUUCCUCAAACAACUGUUACUCUUCACAUCCUCUAUCUGUCUCCUCUUUCUCUGGCGUUGUCAGUGGAAUGGCAAAAUGUCACGUGGUGCUCGCGAGACCAGCAAUUUUUUCUCCGUAAUCCGCCGGUGUAGUAUUAUGUUUCCAAUCCUUUCAACCGGUUGUUGGGAACAAGCUUCCCACGCUAUAGCGUGCGCCAGCAACGACUUAUGAAGGCACUUGCCAAAGCAUCCGCCAAGGGUGCCGCACUGUGACUUCAUUCUUCGAUUGGGAGCAACAAUCGGGAUGAGUUUGUGAUAUUAUUUUACUUGCAUACGUAGCAACAGCAACCGACACGCAACGCCACAGAGGAGGCUACAGAGACACACAGAGGAAGAGGAGGACAGUGACGAAAAUAGCCACUGUAAAACGUCUACUACGAUUGUGAUUAUUAUUGCCGCAACGAUUGUCAUUAUGAUUAUUGCUAUUUCUAGUAUCAUUACCGGCAAUGAUUAUGCUAAGUUUGUUAAGGUAUACGCUAAGUUCUGCAGCUGAUGGUGACUGAAUGCAUUCCGGCACCGAGAGAAAACCACUGGUGUUAGGAUUCCAUCGGUAAAGGAUAUAUGUUUUACAAAGUGUGUCGGAUAGGACGAGUAGACAGGGAAUGGGCACAAUAGCGUGGAGAUGCAAUAGGUUUUCGUAAUCGCUUGACAUGGUGCUCCUAGCGAGAAGAUGUUAGCCGGCAUAUGAAGGUUUCGUCAGUCCGCGUCCAUUGCGCGUUUGUGUGGGUAUAUAUAUUUUAGAUAGUAUGUGUAUUUUAUUUUAUUUUUUUAUAGGAAAGGACAUUUUUAACAAAUUGAUACACGAUUGUAGGAUGAAUUUCCAAGUACUGAUCAUUUGUCGAGAAGAGUAAAGUGCAAACAUUAACCGAACGGGCAGGAAA